AUGUUCAGAAACAACUACGACAACGAUUCUGUCACAUUCUCGCCCCAGGGCCGAAUAUUUCAGAUUGAAUAUGCCGCCGAGGCUGUGAAACAAGGAUCCGUCGUCGUCGGUAUCGUCAGCAAAACCCACGCUGUACUCUGCGCUGUCAAGAGAAACGCCGAGGAAUUGUCCUCUUACCAAAAGAAACUCUUCUCCAUCGACGAGCAUGCCGGCAUCGCCAUUGCCGGCCUGACAUCGGAUGCUCGCGUCCUCUCCAACUUCAUGAAGCAGCAAUGUCUUGGCCACCGUCUCACCUACGGCCGCGCCAUCCCGCUCCGCUCCCUCGUCGACAUGAUUGGCGAAAAGGCCCAGAUCAACACCCAAGUAUAUGGUAAGCGACCGUAUGGUGUCGGCCUGUUGGUUGCUGGCGUGGACGAGCGAGGUCCUCACUUGUUUGAGUUCCAGCCAUCAGGCAUGACGGAGGAAAUGGUUGCGUUUGCGAUUGGUGCCCGAAGCCAAAUGGCAAGAACAUAUCUGGAACGCAACGUGGAGUCCUUUGCGGACUGCUCAAGGGAAGAGCUGGUCAGGCAUGGUCUCAAGGCACUUCGGGAGAGCUUGGUCCAGGACAAGGAGCUGACUGUGGAGAAUACCUCCGUCGGCCUGGUUGGUGUACAAGGCGAGGGAAUGAAGGACAUUGAGACGUUCAAGCUUUAUGAAGAGUUUGAGGUUAAGCAGUGGAUUGAUAGUGUUGGUGAGAGCCAAGGAAGCGGUGAAGGCGAGGAAGGCAUGGAUGUCGAUAGCUAG